AGAAGGGGAAGCCUACAAGAUUUAUUUACCAAAAUAAGCAACUGGGUUAUUGGUUGGUGAAGAGGAGAGAAGUGAAGUGGUGCUGUAAUGGCCGCAAGUAAGGAAGAGUUAACCCUUCUGGGAGUUAUGGGAAGCCCAUUUCUGCACAGGGUUCAGAUCGCUCUCAAAUUGAAGGGAAUAGAAUACAAAUACGUGGAAGAUGAUUUGAACAACAAGAGUGAUCUUCUCCUCAAGUAUAACCCAGUUUACAAAAUGAUUCCUGUGCUCGUUCACAACGACAACCCAAUAUCAGAGUCUGUUGUGAUUCUUGAGUACAUCGAUGACGCAUGGAAACACAACCCCAUCUUGCCUUCAGAUCCUUACCAGAGAGCCCAGGCUCGUUUCUGGGCCAAGUUCAUCGACGACAAGUGUGUGGCUCCAGCAUGGAAAUCUGCCUUCAUGGUUGAUGAGACAGAGAAAGCAAAAGCUAAAGAAGAGUUAUUUGAGGCUCUUGGGUUUCUAGAGAAUGAGCUGAAGGGGAGGUUUUUUGGUGGGGAUGAGAUUGGUUUUGUGGAUAUUGCUGCAGUGUUCAUACCUAUUGUUCAAGUGAUUGCAGGGUUGCCAUUGUUCUCGAGUGAGAAAUUUCCGAAGUUAUUUCAAUGGUGCCAAGACUUUCACAACCAUCCACUGGUGAACGAGGUUCUGCCUACUAAAGACCAACUUUCUACCUAUUUCAAGGCUCGGGUUCAAAGCCUUGCUCCUAAAAACAAAAAUUAGUACAUUAUAGUUAGAUUCAAUUCCAAAGAAUGUUUAUUCAAUUCCAAAAUAUCAUUGUUCUUAUUUUAAUUUCGAGAUUGUACUGUACCACGUGAAAGCUACUCGUUUGUUUCUGGUUAGUUUUUGUGGUUAUAUUUUCCUUUUAAAAUGAAGCACGUGAUGACUUAGGAUUUCCCCAUGUCAAAAAAAAAAAAAAAA